UCUCUCUCUCUCUCUCUCUCUUCCUCAAGAUUAUAAAAAAAUUAAUACAUAAUUAAUUGUAGGAUCAAAUCAUAAAACAAAAAUAGUGAAGAAGAUAGGGAAGUGGGGGAUGGAAGGAUUGGAUGCGCUGAUACAGAGACUGUUGGAAGGCAGGGUUCACAGAGGUAAGAGGAUUCAGCUAACCGAAUCCGAAAUCCGGCAACUUUGCAUCACUGCCAAACAAGUCUUCCUCAGGCAGCCUAAUCUUCUCGAAUUGGAAGCCCCCAUCAACGUUUGUGGUGAUAUACACGGGCAAUAUCCUGACCUCUUGCGAUUAUUUGAGUAUGGAGGCUUCCCACCGGAAGCCAACUAUGUAUUCCUUGGAGACUACGUCGACAGAGGAAAACAAAGCACAGAGACAAUAUGCCUUCUCCUUGCAUAUAAAGUCAAAUUUCCGGACAACUUUUUCCUCCUCCGAGGGAACCACGAAUGCGCUUCCAUCAACCGAAUCUAUGGAUUCUACGAUGAGUGUAAACGCCGCUUCAGCGUCCGGCUAUGGAAGAUCUUCACAGACUGCUUUAACUGUUUACCUGUGGCUGCAGUCAUAGAUGACAAGAUCUUCUGCAUGCAUGGUGGCCUUUCUCCUGAAUUAAACAGCUUGGAACAGCUCAGAGCGAUUGAAAGGCCGGUUGACGUGCCGGAUCAAGGGCUUUUGUGUGACCUACUUUGGUCGGAUCCGGACAGGGACAUUAAAGGGUGGGGUGAGAAUGAUAGGGGUGUUUCUUUUACCUUUGGGGCAGAUAGGGUUGCAGAGUUCUUGAUGAAACAUGAUAUGGAUCUCAUAUGCCGGGCUCACCAGGUCGUAGAAGACGGAUAUGAGUUCUUUGCAGACCGGCAGUUGGUGACCAUAUUCUCGGCACCAAACUAUUGUGGAGAGUUCAACAAUGCAGGUGCAUUGAUGAGUGUCGAUGCCAGUUUGCUUUGUUCAUUUCAAAUAGUGAAACCUUGGAGAGGGAAAGCUUUUCAGGUAGAAUGAUUCUAAAGCAACAGGGGAGCUCUGGAAUUUGAAUACAAUUUACAGAAGUCAAAUAUGCAUGCCAAAAGCACUUUUGCAUAUAUUCCUGCAAGCAAAAGCAUUAAAAAGCUGUCCGUGUAUAUAAAACCGUCAUAUACAUAUAACUUUUCUGAUAUCUUGCUUACAAUUUUUUUCCCGGAUUUGGCUGAUUUUCUUUAAG